AUGACGAGAAAUACGACUAGUGUCUCAAACCCUAACAACUCGAAUACUGACGGUUUCGAAGAGUUCACUAUAGAUUCUUCUCACCCCUUCUACGUUCACCCAUCUGAUAGUCUUGGUAGUCAACUUGUCACCAUGCCUUUUAAUGGUAUUGGUUUUGUACACUGGCGCAGUAGCAUGGUAACCUCACUUUCAGCUAAAAACAAAUUAGGGAUAGUGACUGGAAAAAUAAAGAAACCUAAAGUUGAUUCACCUUUAUAUUCAUUUUGGGAAAGGUGUAAUGAUAUGGUAAAAGCAUGGAUUACAAAUUCUUUGACUAGAGAGAUUACUUCAAACGGGUCAAAAUACAUUUAUAUUCAAAGAGAAGUCAGUUCCACUACACAAGGAACCUCUGAUAUUGCCUCAUACUUCACCAAGCUGAGGAGACUUUGGGAUGAGCUUUCAUCUGCUUAUGUUGGGCCUACAUGCACUUGUGGUGCCCUUCCUAAGUUCAUAGAGGACCAACAUCUCCUACAAUUCCUCAGUGGUCUAAAUGACAACUAUUCCACUGUCAAAAGUACCAUUUUGAUGUUGUCCCCUUUACCAUCCAUGAGUAAAGCAUAUUCUUUGCUUCAACAAGAUGAAAGUCAAAAGGAGACCAGACCUUGUUCAUCCAGUUUCUCUGGUGAAUCUUCUUCAUUCUCUGCCUCUGCUAGCCAAAAUUCUGGUAGAACUUAUAAUCAGAGAGUGCAAUUUGAUCCAAAAUAUCCAAAUAAUACCAAUCAAAGAAUGCAGUUUGACCCUAAACAUCACAAAAAUUCUUCCUUAUUCAGCAAAUACUGUAAAAGCUCUGGUCAUGUUGUUGAGAAAUGCCAUAGGCUCCAUGGCUACCCCCCUGAUUUCAAGUUCACCAAGAACAAUAAAUUAGCUUCUUGUGUUCAAACUGAGGCCAACAUAUCUGAAUUCUUGAACAACACUGGGAAAGCCUCUGGUUCACCUGGUUAUAGUAAGGAGCAGGUUCAGCAUCUCAUAGCACAUUUCUAA